GGCUUUGCUACAUCGGGUACUGCCCUCGGCAGAACUGGCUGCAGCAUGGUCCAGCCUAUCCACCACACAGUCAAGAUCAACAAGCGUCUCUUGUCGCCAAACUACCCAGAGUUGAAGUUGGCCAAGCACGACAUCAGAAACACCGCGUUCAAGCCGGCACACACCUCCCAGGACAGACUCCAGGACCACUAUACAGCCACACUCGAGUCUGAUUUGUUGUUGAUCAACUACACGCACAACCAGCAGAGACAAGAGGGUCUCAAGACCAGGGAAUGGGAUGGGUCCUCGCCAUACCACAUCAACCGUCCGGUGAGACCACCUAGAGGGAGACUUGUGCAAACCAAGGACAUCAAGCCAAGAACCUGGAAGAAUGUGCCACAGUUGGAGCUGAUUGCCAUCAACUGUUUUGUUAAAGAAGCCAAGGCCCAGUCGCACUUGGUUAUCGCCGCGCACCUCCAGUUGCAACAGAUCACCAACUCCAAAGUGCAACGUGUCUUCACUAAGUCUAACGUUCCGCAGUGGGGGAUCAGAAAGGGUAUGCCAAUUGGUGCCAAGGCCGAGAUCUUCGGUGCCGAUGCCCAUACCUUUGUCACCACUCUCAAUGAGUUAGUCUUGCCAAGAAUCAGAAACUUCCAGGGGAUAACCAACAAGAGUGGUGACCGCAGUGGGAACAUUACCUUUGGGUUGACCCCAGAGGACGUCAAACUCUUCCCAGAACUUGAGAACAACGCUGAGCAGUGGGCCAAGACCUUCGGCAUCCACAUCACUUUCCGUACCACCGCCCAGACCGAUGCUGAGGCGAGAAUUUUGUUGAGUGGGUUGGGGUUCCCAUUCUACGGUGAGGAGAAGAACUAAAUGGUUAGCCGAGUAGGCUCUGCUGCAAAGAGCAGAAAGGUCAUGUAUAUACAAUAAAUCAUGUUAAUUAAAGUUGAGUAGUUUGCUA